AUAAUAUAUCCGAAGUUGAUCAUAUUUUGAUCAUAUAUUUUAUAUAAACUAAUUUAUAAUAAAUAUUAAUCUUUACCUCUCUUAUUUAAUAUAAAUUUUUAUUAUAAACUAGUUUAUGUAAAAUAUAUGAUUAAAUAAUAAUAAAUUUCGAACUUAGUAUAAAAAAUUCGACCAACUGGGGAUGUAUAAUCAAUUUUCCUUCACCUAAAGCCCACCAAACCGAAAACCCAGGCGAGGCCUCUCCGCAGUCCGCACGCGCGGCGCCUCAGCCUCCAUUUCCAUCGUCAUGUCGUCGUCGCAGUCGCAGGCGGCGCAGUGCCCCUACUGCCGCGCGUCGGGCCCGGCGCGCGGCACAACGACGCAGCUGCCGCACGCGCGCGCCGUCUCCGAGUGCUCCUCCUGCGCCCGCAUCGUCCUCGAGCGACAUCUCCACUCGCACCCCGUCUUCCCCCUCCUCCCCUCCCUCCACCCGCUCCCCCUCGUCACCCCCGACCUCGCCGCCGUCGAGCCCUCCCCGUCCCCCGACGUCCACGACGACGAAGACCCCUUCCUCCCCGCGGGUUUCGUCUCCGCCUUCUCGGCCUUCUCCCUCGAGCGCCACCCCGUCGUCGCCCGCUCCUCCUCCGCCUUCUCCGGUCUCCUUGCCGAGCUCGAGCGCGCGCUUGUCAAUGACUCUUCCGCAUACUGCGCCCUGGACCCCGCCGGGCCCAUGGUCUCCGUCGACAGCCUCCGCGCUUACCUCCAGAUCGUCGACGUCGCGUCCAUACUCAAGCUGGACCGGGACAUAGUCGACCACGCCUUCGAUCUCUUCAAGGACUGCUCGUCCGCGACGUGCCUCAGGAACCGGAGUGUCGAGGCGCUCGCGACCGCCGCGCUCGUGCAGGCCAUCCGCGAGGCGCAGGAGCCCAGGACGCUGCAGGAAAUCUCUACUGCUAGCAAUCUUCCUCAGAAAGAGAUCGGAAAAUACAUCAAAAUACUUGGCGAAUCUCUGAAACUGAGCCAACCCCUUAACAGUAACUCAAUAGCUGUUCAUAUGCCUCGGUUUUGCAGCCUGCUCCAGCUGAAUAAAUCUGCUCAGGAACUUGCAGCCCAUAUUGGCGAGGUAGUUGUUAAUAAAUGCUUCUGCACGCGGCGGAAUCCCAUAAGUAUAUCUGCUGCUGCUAUCUAUCUUGCAUGUCAGCUUGAAGACAAGCGCAAAACUCAGGCAGAGAUCUGUAAGGUAACAGGCCUUACAGAGGUCACUCUACGCAAAGUGUAUAAAGAGCUAUUGGAGAAUUGGGAUGAUUUACUCCCACCUGGCUAUACACCGGCCACACCACCAGAGAAAGCUUUCCCAAUGACCACCAUUUACUCGGGGCGCUCGUCAAGUGGCAAGGAUCUGUAUCAGGAUAAGAUAUUGGAUAGUAUUAAGCAAAAAGGCCCUGAGGCUGCAGAGCCUGAUCACAUGGUCAUCGUAAAAGAAGAGGAAGACAAGAAAAUUAGUGCACUCGGUCGACCACCUGCAAAACUUGAACAUCAUGACUCGAACAAGGCAUUCUGGCCACUGAAUGCCGCAUUCUCAACAUCUUCAAAAUGUGAUCGUGAUAAGAUGGAAGCUAGUGUUCACGGGUUCAACCUUAACGAGGCAACUUGCGCAGUGGAUUCUGAUAGAGCAGAUAUAACACUGAAGCCAACUGUCGGUGAUCGAUUGUUAAGUGAAUCAAAGGUGCUCCCAUCUCCUCCCAAUAGGCAGCCUACACCAUGGCAGCUUAAGCAGGCGGCACCUGCAACUGGUUCAUCAUAUUCUAGGCUUCAUGAGCAGCAGCUGGGACUGGACCUUGUGGCUGCACUGAAGGGGAUUGGGAAAAGGAGUGCUGGGGAUGGUGGUGAUGGCUCGGAUAAGGAAGGGAAAUGAAUAGUUGCAGCUGUUUAUCCCCUUAAUCGAAAAACAAUGAAAAUUACGGUGCAUUGUAAAUAUAGACGUUUGUCUGUAGUAGAGUUAAAUUCGACAGCCCCUGUCAUUCUAUAUUUCUGUUGCAUCAUACCAAGGCUGUGAAAUGUCACUCCAGACUCUGUAGCUUCUACGCUGAAUUUUUUACUGAUGCUUCCAAAUUAUUUAUCGCCUGAGCUGACUUGGUUCUCACCAUGUUUCGUGCAAUGAAAUGUUUUUCCUUUUCAUUUGA